UUUGCUAGUCAAUUAUUAAUUUUCGAUACAAUUAAAUCAAAUAUAUAAAGUUCAAACGAAAAUGUAUUUAUCUAAAUUUUUUGUAAGCAUUCUUUUAGUACUGCAAUUUAGCAUCCAUACCAUUGCUGGGCAAUGGAACUAUGCAAACAUUGAUAGGGACUUCGAUCAUAUUAACAUUAUUAAUACAACGGAUGUUCUUUUGAGGGAACUGAAUCCUUUAACAAGCACAUCUAUAAGAUUAGAUCGAUGGCAAGGCAAACAAAAUGCCACAGAGAAUGAGAAUGAGAACGAGAAUGAGUUCAAAUUUCUAAUCACUGGUGGCUAUAGGCCAGAAACUAAUCAUCUGGUUAAAUUCAUGGUAUCUUUGCAAGAGAAAAAGGAAAAUAUGCUCAUUGGUGAAGAGCAUUUCUGUGCUGGUUCCAUUAUCUCAACAAAGACCAUACUAACAGCGGCCCAUUGUUGUAUUAGUCCUGAACUAAGGUAUUUUAGACCCGAUGAAUUAAUAGUUGUGGCCGGAACACAACGUCGUCUUUUGAGCACAGAAAAUACACAGAUAUUGGAAUUGGAUAUGAUUAUACCGAAUCCAAAAUUUACAUUUGAUACACUUGUAAAAGAUGUUGGUAUUUUAAAGCUAAAGGAUGAACUAAAACUUAUCGAGGGAUUCGUGGAAAUUAUACCAAUGGCAGAUUCAGCACCACAAAUUGACACGAAAUGCACUACAGUUGGUUGGGGUAGAGUUAUACAGUUUGGUCCUAUGCCCGAUGACGUUCUCAAUGCCGAGUUGAUUAUUAGAAACGCAUCAGAGUGCGCAACCCUAGUUCCUCCUAUACCCAAGGGUGCUAUAUGCGCGAGAAAUGAUAAAUUUCAGACUGAGUGCUGUAAUGGGGAUUCUGGAGGACCAGUGUUCUGUAAUGACAAACUUGCAGGCAUUGUCUCAUAUGGCGACGGCUGCGGACGAUCCUCCAAGGGCGGCGUUUACACAAAUGUGUAUUACCAUCGCGAAUGGAUUGCAAUGAAUGCGGCGAAUGAUAUCAGCCGAUCAAUCGAUAGGCUAAUGCUGUUGCUUUUAGCAAUUCUUAAGCUGGCAAUAAACAGUUAAAACCUAAAAAAUGAA